AGGGCCAAUUCAAAAAAAGCUAAUUACAACACUUGGCCCAAAAAUACCGACUGUCCCUGAUGAUGGCCCAAAACUACCAACUGUUGCUGGUGAUGACGAAAAAACGUCAGUUUCUGUGGAAGAUAGACUCGACAAAUUAGAAUGA